AUGGAGGGAAGCCUCGCAGACCUCAACGUAGACCACCCCCUCAUCUACCCCCCCCGUAUCGCCGACGAGGUUCUCCCCCAAAUGCUGCCGGCGCUUGCCUACCUGUCCGGCCUGGGCACCACAACCUCUACCACGCACCCCCAAACGUACCACUUCCGCCUCGGCGACUUCGGUCUCUGCGAGCACACCACUCUCAUCCCCACCGACGGCUCAUUGCACAGAACCUGGUCGUACCUAGCGCCCGAGCUGCUUCCAACCACCACCCCAGCAACCACCCCCUCCAACGACGACCAGCAGCACCACCGCCGUCAGAAUCAGCAUCAACAACAACAGCAGCAGACGCAGAGAUCAGACGUGUGGGCGCGGUGCGUAACGGUGCUGUGGACGCUGGACCCGGACGGGGUGUGGGGCGUUGCUGGAUUGGGGGGUUGGGAAGUGUGGGUUGAUGGUGGGGGGGAGUGA